AUGGAUGAGGGAAGCAUCAGAUUUGAAAAGGUUGAUUUGGGGAAGGAGGAUGUCUCCACCAUAACCAUAUACUUUGAUCCGAUCGAUUUGUCAGCACCGGCAGAUGCAGCUCCAGUUACCAUCACGGUACCGGGGCCUAUUCCUUAUGAAAGCAAUGAUGCUGUGCCGUGGGAUUAUGGUGGAGAGGUAUACUGUAUUACCGGCCGUAUAUUUGAUACCAUGCAAAGCACAUUGAUGGAGGAUUUAGAAAUCGAGAAAGAGCUUAAACUUAUUAACAAAGCUCCUGUCAAGACUAUCUAUACAAAAUUUGGAUACAUUCUUGAUUGCAUUGAUAUUAACAAUCAACCAAGUCUUGAUCAUCCUUUAUUGAAGAAUCAUAAGUUGCAGAAAUACCCCAGCUUUAGAACUAGUAAGAAGACUUCAUCAACUAAGGCUAUAUUGGGGAUACAAAAAGAUGAGUGUCCAAUUGGAACUGUUCCUAUAAAGAGAACAACCAAAGAUGAUUUAAUCAGAGGAAAAUCAUAUUUUAACAAUGGUUUGAUUGACCAUAUGCAUGGUAACCAUUAUGCAGAAGUCAUAUCUGGAUACUUUCCAUAUUAUAAUGGAGUUCAUGGAACAAGUAGCAUUUAUAAUGUUAGUGUUACAAAUGAUCAAUCAAGUUGUUCCGUGAUGUAUGUUCGAAAUGGACCUGAUAGUACAAAUUAUAUUGGUAUGGGAUGGCAUGUGGCUCCAGAAUUAUAUAACGAUUAUGCACCUCAUGUUUACAUAGUAUGGACGGUAUGA